GUCGCUGCUGGCCACUGAGCUGAUAGAGGGAGAGUUCCUGCCGCCUUUAAUCAUCCGUCGACAGGUCUCCAUCUGCACGUCCAGGCCCCUCUUCAUGCUGCACAUCUCCAUGUACUCGUGCAGAUGUCGGUUCAUGUCGCUCUUCGCUGUGGCCAAUUCCAACUAAAAGAAGAGGAUGGAUAAAACAGUGAAAGCUUCUAUGACAAACAGUGGAACAGCUGAUGGAUGGACGGACGGAUGGAUGGAUGGAUGAAUGGAUGGAUACCCACCUUCUCUGGGAGCGACCUGGCUGGACUGAACAUCUUUGACAUGUCCUCUGAGUUGCGUUGCUGAGCCACGUCGCACAAUUUGGCCGUGAUGUCGAUCCGCCUGCAGAUGUCCAUGUCCACCCGUCGGGCUUUCUCUUGAAUCUUGGAGUCCAGGGACUCCACCGAGGACUCCAGCUGCUCCCGUUUGGACACCUCCUCCUCCCAUCUGCAACACAGAGCACAGGGGUUGGUCAGUCACUGCUGGCCCUGGUCCCCUGGGGGCCACUAAACAAACAGGCAGGAAGUCUUCCACUCCACGAGGCCUCCGUUCAGAGCGGCGGCGGCGUGCCAGGAUGUGGUGCAGGGCCGGCUGGCUGGAGGUUGGAGCCUCGGUGCUAGGUGACGGCUUAGAGAAAAUCCCUCUCCCAAAUAGACGGCCUGGAUUAUACACGGGGCACGUCGCGGCCAGCUGCGCCGAACAGAAACACUCGGGGUCCUUUUACUUCACGUGUGCGUCUCCUGCUGCUGCUGCUGCUGCCAUCGUGAGAAGAAACCAUGCCGAAGUCAAAGAGGGACAAGAAAAUUUCCUUAACGAAGACAUCCAAGAAAGGGCUCGAGUUAAAACAGAAGUUGAUCGAGGAGUUACGAAAAUGUGUGGACACCUACAGACACUUGUUCAUAUUCUCUGUGGCCAAUAUGAGGAAUAACAAGCUGAAGGACAUCAGGACAGCAUGGAAACACAGCAGAUUCUUCUUCGGCAAAAAUAAAGUCAUGAUGAUUGCCUUGGGUAAAGGACAAACAGACGAAUACAAAGAUAAUUUGCACAAGGUCACCAAAUAUCUACGAGGAGAAGUGGGUGUGCUAUUCACAAAUAAAACAAAGGAUGAGGUACAAGAGUAUUUCCGUCAUUUCAAAGAGAUGGACUUCGCGCGGGCGGGCAACCCUGCGCAGAUGGAUUUAACUCUGGAUGAGGGACCCCUGGAGCAGUUUCCUCACUCAAUGGAGCCCCAGUUGAGGCAAUUGGGACUCCCCACUGCUCUCAAGAAAGGAGUGGUGACACUGCUGAAAGACCACGAGGUCUGUAAGGAGGGAGACAUCCUAACUCCGGAGCAGGCUCGUAUUCUGAAACUCUUCGCCAUCGAGAUGGCAGAAUUCAAAGUACAGAUCAAAUGUAUGUGGAAUUCGGAAACGGGCGAGUUUGACAACUUUGCUGGUGCGGAAGAGCCUAUGCAGGAGAAUGAAGAUGAAGAUGAUGAUGAUAAUGAUGCAGAAUAAAACAUCUGCAUCGGC